UGAAAAGGGACUGUGUAGUUUACGUUAAGUGAAACCCAGGUCUUCAGGUUCGUCCUGUGACAAUUAACAAUGAGGGAAUGGUUUUCGGAGUUGAUAUGAGAAAAUGUUCAAGUUAGCCAAGCACAGUUAAUUGUUGCAAGGUUUUGUGUUCACAAUACUACAAGUGAGUUUCGGGCUACAGUCAUGGGAGUGCACGGACUCUGGAGGCUACUGGAGAGUACAGGGAAACCCAUCAACCCCGAAACUCUGGAAGGAAAGAUCCUUGCUGUUGACAUUAGUAUAUGGCUGAACCAGGCAGUGAAGGGGGUGAGAGACCGUGAAGGUAACAGUGUCCAUAACGCUCACCUCCUCACUCUCUUCCACCGCAUCUGUAAGCUGCUUUUCUUCCGCAUCAGGCCAGUGUUUGUGUUUGAUGGGGAAGCGCCACAGCUGAAGAAACAGACUCUGGCUCUGAGGAGGCAGAGGAAAGAGGAGCUAAGCCAGGAGUCCAGACAGACCAAUGAGAAACUCCUCAAGACGUUCCUGAAGAGACAAGCUAUCAAAGCUGCACUUGGAGACCGAAGUAAGGAUCCUCUACCCAGCCUUUCCAGCGUGAGGAGAGAUGAGGUGGACGAUAUGUAUGUCCUACCAGCCCUGCCAGCUGCAGAGGAGAAGGACAAAAGCAGUUCAGAGGAGGAGGACGAGGAAGAGAAAGAGUGGGCAGAGAUGGUUGACAGUUAUCCCAUGUAUCAGGGGGAAUUUUAUGAUGACCCCAACUCAGUGGACAUCAACUCAGAGGAGUUUGCCGGCCUGCCUCCCGAAAUGAAACACGAGAUACUCAAAGACAUGAAAGAGUUUUCCAAAAGACGGCGGACCAUGUACAACAAACCUCCAGAGCACUCAGGUGACUUUUCCCAGUACCAGCUGGCCGGCCUGCUGCAGAGGAACGAGCUGAACCAGCGUCUGGAGGGUGUGGAGAAAGAGAUGAGCCAGCGGAGCGCCGUCAGCGCCCCACAGCUCUGCGAACAGGACGGGGAUCAGCAGAGUCACAGCGUAGAGUCAAACCGACUGGUUUCCGAAGACCAUUCUCACUAUAUCCUUAUUAAAGGCUCGAGAACGAGUGAGACUGCCCCCAAGGACCGACCUGCAGCUGCGCCCUGGUCUGGGGGCUUCCUGUCCAGCAGCGGAAGACAAACAGCAGGCAGACCUGAGCCACUCUGGCGUCCUGCUUGUGAGGAAGAGGAGAAAGUCCGAGGUUCUUCCCCAGAAGACUCCAAACCAUCUGUCUCAACGCCGUUUCAGGGAGACACGUCACCACCCUCACCUCGUACACUUCAGGCAAUCCAGGCCGCAAUGAACGACAGCUCAGAUGAGGAGAGGGUAGAUCACGAAAAGAACGGCGGUAGUUUGUCCCCACGUACUCAACGGGCAAUCCACCAAGCUCUCGCUGAGGAGGACGACAGCGGUGCUGAACAUGUGACUCUAACUGGCAGGUCACCCACCAAACUGCAGGCGAAUAUCAUUCAUCAUCGUGUACCACAAGUGGUCCUCAGCAGCUCAGAGGAAGAGCGAGAACCUGAUGGCGUGAACUGUUUACCUAAAGAAAAUGGUGACUCAAAGGGUAGCCCGAUGAGCCAAAGUUUACAUGUGAAAGAUAGUAUGUUUGUCAGUAGUUCUGAAGAUGAGAUGGAAGAAGUGAUUGGUCAGAGAAAUAAGGCAUUUCACUUUGCGGUGCUGCAACAACUUCACAAGGGAGAGAUGAAGUCAGAAGAGGAGACAGAGAAAGGACAGUUGAUAGAGGAUGUGAGGACAGGAAGUGGAGGACAGACAGAGAAACAAGAAGAGCCUGAGAGAAGAGAAUCAGAGCACGGAUCGAUCACAAGGAACAGGGAUCUGGUUCAACCGCAGGGUGCUGCUGCCUCCACUCAAAACACAGUAUCUAUCGACCUCUCUGCACAGGUGUGUGGAAAGCCUCUCAGUGCAGAGACUGAAAUUCAUCCUGUGCCGUUAGAGCAGAGGAGUAACGAGUCCCCUCCAGAGGACAAGAAUGGAGACGAUGUGAAGUUAGAGGGCAGUGAGGACAGCGGAUCAGAAGAGAGCUUCAUCGAGGUAUCAGAAGAAGAGUUAAAAGAGGAGGAUGAAGAUGAUUCACUUAUAAUGAUUAGAGAGAAACAAUCUCCAGAUGAGAUCCAUGAAGACAAGACCAAGAAAGAAGAAAAACUGGAAGAAAGUUCAACAGAGGCUCCCAGCAGUUUGACAUUAGAAGAAGAAGAGGACAAAAACAGACAGACUGAAGAGAAAGAGCUGAAGGAGGGAGCGGAGACAGAAUCCCGCUCCACUCCAGUCAUCAAUGAAUGGGAGCAUUUUGAUGUGGAUGAGCUGGAGGCUCUGGAGAGCUCUCUGCAGGUGGAGCAGAGCAGCCUGAGGGAGCUGAAACAGCAGCAGGAGAGGAUGGCGAACACCGUCACCGGACAGAUGUACCUGGAGAGCCAGGAGCUGCUGCGGCUGUUUGGCGUGCCGUACCUGGUGGCGCCGAUGGAGGCUGAGGCUCAGUGUGCAGCGCUCGACCGCACUGACCACACACACGGGACCAUCACAGACGAUUCAGAUGUGUGGCUGUUUGGAGGGAGACACGUCUACAAGAACUUCUUCAGCCAGGACAAAUAUGUUGAACACUACCAGUACAGUGACAUGCAGAACCAACUGGGUCUGGACAGGACUAAACUGAUAAACCUGGCUUACCUGCUCGGAAGUGACUACACGGAGGGCAUACCAGGGGUCGGAUAUGUGACUGGCAUGGAGAUACUGAAUGAGUUCCCUGGGCCAGGCUUGGAGCCGCUCAUACAGUUCAGUGAAUGGUGGAAAGAGGCUAAGGAGAAAAAGCGUCUGGUGGCUGAUCCUCGCGACACAAAGGUUAAGAAUAAACUGAGGAACCUAAAAGUACAUCCUGGGUUCCCCAACCCUGCGGUGGCUCAGGCUUACCUGCAACCUGCUGUGGAUCAGUCAGACAGCUCUUUCAGCUGGGGACGCCCACAACUCGACAUGAUCAAAGAAUUCUGUCUGAAUCGUUUCGGUUGGAGCAGUCGGAGGACAGAGGAGACUCUUCAGCCUGUGAUGAAGCAGCUCAACACUCAGCAGACUCAGCUGAGGAUUGACUCGUUCUUCCGCAUGGAGCAACAGGAAAAGCAGGCGAUCCGCAGCCAGCGACUCCGCCGAGCAGUCACCUGCAUGAAGAGAAAGGAGAGAGAAGAAGGGGAGGAGGAGGGGGACAGUGAGGAGGAAAAGCCAUCCCCAUCCAAAUCUAAGAGAGGGAAGGCAGCGAGCAAGAGUCCAAAGAAAGGUGGUGGAGAGAGGGAAGAAGGGAGGUCUGCAGGAGGAGGAUUUCUGGGGUCAGAGGUCAGUUUUCAACCUCCUCCCACAUCUUUGAAGGAUGUGAGCAGCACCAGCCAAGAGUCCCUCACAGUAGAAGUUCCUCAAUCUACUAAGAGUCUACCUCAGAGGGCCAGGAGGAGCAGCAGCAGCUCUGGCGACAGCGAUGGUGGCAAUGAAGUUGCUAUGGUUACAGCCCGAUCUGUGUUCGAAGGCAGCCGACAAGGCCGCGGUGCGAAGAGAGGGAGAGGAAGCGCAAGAGGAAAGGGACGGGGGGCGAAGCGGUGAAGAAAAAACUGAACUUAAGCUAUAACAUAAGGUGCCUAAGCAAUUGUAAUAUGUAGGAUGUAAUAUGCUCCACACUCUCAAAUAUCAAUAUCAAAUAUAUUUUUGAUGUAUAAUGGACUCAUUAACAUGAGCGAUGAAUUGAACAUUUUUCUGUAUUAUAGAAUAUGUGUUUUGUAUUGAUGUGAAAAUGUUUGUACCUGUUUCUGAAUGAUAACGCUUUGCAUUAAAAUUUGGAAGUUUUUUUUCAAGUAUUUCCACAGUA